UUUUUUUCCUUCCCUCUCGUUCUCCAGCCUGUGAGCUCAUGAAUCAGGGGAUACUGGCUUUGGUGUCGUCAACAGGAUGUGCCGCAGCCAAUGCGCUACAGUCUCUCACGGAUGCAAUGCACAUUCCUCACCUGUUCAUUCAAAGGAACGGAGACGGCACACCCCGGGCAGAGUGCCAGCUCAAUCCCAGCCCUGACGGAGAGCGCUACACGCUGGCUGCCCGCCCUCCUGUGCGCCUGAAUGAUGUCAUGAUCACACUCGUCUCUGAACUCCGCUGGCACAAGUUCAUCGUUUUCUAUGACAGCGAGUACGAUGUGCGGGGACUGCGUGGGUUUCUGGACCAGGCGUCUCGAAUGGGUUUGGACGUGUCUCUACAGCAGGUUGACCGGAAUGUGACAAAGGUCUUUUCCACUCUGUUCAGCACAAUGAGGAUGGAGGAGCUGAACCGUUACCGGGACACGCUCAGACGGGCCAUCCUGCUGCUCAGUCCCCGGACUGCACAGGUCUUCAUACACCAGGCAGUGGAAACGAAUCUAGCAUCCAAAGAUAGUCACUGGGUGUACGCUAAUGAGGAGGUUAGUGACACAGAGAUCAUGGAGCUUGUCCACAGCGCUCUGGGCCGGAUGACAGUGAUCCGACAGAUCUUUCCCCUUUGGAGGGACACCAACAUCCGCUGCAUAAGGAACAACCAUCGCAUCUCCUCACUGCUUUGCGACCCACAGGAAGGGUACCUGCAGUCUCUAGAGGUGUCUAGCCUGUACUUGUACGACAGUGUGCUGAUGUUGGCCAAUGCCUUCUACCGGAAGUUAGAAGACAGGAAGUGGCACAGCAUGGCCAGUCUGAACUGCAUGAGGAAGUCAACCAAACCCUGGAAUGGAGGCUGGUCCAUGCUAGACACGAUCCAAAAGGGGCGGAUUUCUGGGCUCACUGGUUUAAUGGACUUCCGAAGCAAUGGAGCGAACUCUCAUGUCCAGUUUGAGAUCCUAGGGACCAGUUACAGUGAGACGUUUGGAAAAGAUGUAAAGCGGCUGGCGACGUGGGACUCUGAUCGUGGGCUGAACGGCAGUCUGAGGGAGAACAGGGCCGAGCAUGGCAUGCAAGGAAUUACUCUGAAAGUGGUGACUUUGCUGGAGGAGCCGUUUGUGAUGGUGGCAGAAAACAUUCUAGGUCAGCCCAAAAGAUAUAAGGGAUUUUCCAUAGAUGUUCUAGACGCCCUGGCCAAAAUUCUGGGUUUUAAGUAUGAAAUGUAUCAAGUGGCUGAUGGGAAAUAUGGAUCUCCUCAGGCCAAUGGGUCUUGGAAUGGAAUGAUUGGAGAACUAAUUGGGAAGAGAGCAGAUGUGGCUAUUUCAGCCAUCACCAUCACUCCUGAGCGUGAGAAUGUGGUGGACUUCAGUAAACGUUAUCUGGAUUAUUCUGUGGGAAUCCUGAUGACUAAAACAGAAGAGAGACUCAACAUCUUCUCCUUGCUGGCACCGUUUGACCUGGCAGUGUGGGCCUGCAUUGCUGCUGCCAUUCCUGUGGUGGGUGUCAUGGUCUUUCUGCUCCGACGCGUCCAGUCUGUCCGCUCCCAGAAUCCUCCUGGGCCCCACCAGCCUGCUUCUGUCACGACAUCCUUCCAGAGUGCCAUCUGGAUCGUCUACGGAGCCUUUGUACAGCAAGGUGGUGAAUCCUUCAUGAGUUCAAUGGCUCUCAGGAUUGCAAUGGGAAGCUGGUGGCUAUUUACCCUCAUUGUCUGCUCGUCCUACACGGCCAACCUGGCAGCCUACCUCACCGUAUCCCGCAUGGACAACGCUGUUCGAACAUUUCAAGACCUUUCCAAGCAGACAGAGCUGAGCUACGGAACGGUGAGAGACUCUGCUGUGUUCGAGUAUUUCAGGGUGAAGGGCACCAACCCCUUGGAGCAAGACAGCACUUUCGCCGAGCUGUGGAGAACUAUCAAUAAAAAUCAGGGACAGGACAACUCUGUGACCUCUCCUGCUGAAGGCAUCCGCAAGGUGAAGCGGGAUCCGUACGCAUUCCUGUGGGACAUGGCGGUGUUAGAGUACACCGCUCUGACAGAUGAUGAUUGUUCAUUGGUGGUCACAGGAAACAGCAUGAGCACCAAAGGAUACGGCCUGGCUCUGCAGCACGGCAGCCCCUACAGAGAUCUCUUCUCACAGAAGAUCCUUGACCUGCAGGAGAAAGGAGACCUUGACAUACUAAAGCAGAAGUGGUGGCCACGAAAAGGUCGCUGUGACCUGGACAAGCACGCGGAGCCCCAGCCGGAGGGCCGUGCCCUGAGACUGCACAGCUUCGCUGGGGUCUUCUGCAUCCUAGCGGCAGGGCUGCUGUUGGCCUGCCUGGUGGCCGCUCUGGAGUCAUGGUGGAACGGGCCACGCUGUCAGCGUGCACAGCCCAAAGAGGACAAAGAGGUGAAUCUGGAGCAGGUUCACCAGCGUUUGAGUGGGCUGAUGGAGGACGAUCUGGCGCACAAGCAGCUGCCAGGGCAGUCUCUGGAGAUCUCUGCCCUGGACAUGGGCAGCAUGCGGCCACAGCAGAGCUCCCAGGAAGCCAGGAGAGAUUUCCCCCGGGGCCUGUCCGUGACUUCCUUCCUCCAGGAGGGUCCUGGGGUCGGCCGCGUGCACGGACGGAGCCUCCCCCUCCCUCUCAGCAGUUCCACUCUGCCACUUCUCCAUGCGCUGCAAACACCGGGCACCAACGGAGGCCUUUUCCGCCAGAGCCCCGUAAAGACACCUAUGCCCAUCUCUUACCAGGCAGUGCCCAGGGGACCCAUUCCAGAAGCCAUUGAUCCAAGCCAUGGGACCUCUAUUUGA